CCCCAGGCUGCGACGCGGGUGAUGUCAGCUCUGGACAAAAAUAGAGAGGGAUCGCCUGCAAAUCCCCAGCUCCGGCGGGGCUAAACCUUGCAAUCCCUCCCGGGCCGGCGCCGAGCCAGGGCGCAGCGGCCUCCACCGCCUCCCCCGGCGCGCACACACCAGCACACGCGCACGCACGCACACACUCCCCCGCACUCGCACUCCCGGUCUUUCCCGGUGCCCCUCGGUGCCGGCCACUCGCCGCACCGGUUUGCCCCCGGUGAAACACACACAGGUAGCAGCUGGGACGCGCGGAGCGCGUUCCUGCAGCCCUGCGGCCAGCGCGACCUCGCAGGAGCCAGUGUGGGAUCCCCGCAGCGCCACUCGGAGCGCUGGCCGCGAGCCGCGCACGGGAACGCGGACCGCGCGCGGUGGAGAGCCGGGACGUGGAUUAGCGCCCGCAGCAGCCUCCCGCGCGCGCCUAGGCGCUAAAGGGCUUACCCAGGAGGGGGGUGCGAGGGCGGGGAGAGGCUGCCCGUUAAAUACCGCUCCCCGCCGCACUCGGGGCUCACCCAGCUCGCCGCCACCGUCGCCAGACCGUGCCCGGGAGGAGGGGGCGUUCCCCACGCCAUGGCAUCAACGGAAGGUGCCAACAACAUGCCCAAGCAGGUGGAAGUGCGCAUGCACGACAGCCACCUCGGCUCUGAGGAGCCGAAGCACCGAAACCUGGGACUGCGCAUGUGCGACAAGCUGGGGAAGAACCUCCUGCUCUCACUGACGGUGUUUGGUGUCAUCCUGGGGGCAGUAUGUGGCGGGUUGCUUCGCUUGGCAUCUCCCAUCCACCCUGAUGUGGUCAUGUUGAUAGCCUUCCCCGGGGACAUACUCAUGAGGAUGCUGAAAAUGCUCAUCCUCCCUCUCAUCAUCUCCAGUUUAAUCACAGGGUUGUCAGGCCUGGAUGCUAAAGCCAGCGGCCGCCUAGGCACGAGAGCCAUGGUGUAUUACAUGUCCACGACCAUCAUUGCCGCUGUGCUGGGGGUCAUCCUGGUAUUGGCCAUCCACCCCGGCAAUCCCAAACUCAAGAAGCAGCUGGGGCCCGGGAAGAAAAACGACGAGGUGUCUAGCCUGGAUGCCUUCCUGGAUCUCAUUAGAAAUCUCUUCCCGGAGAACCUGGUGCAAGCCUGUUUCCAGCAGAUUCAGACAGUGACAAAGAAAGUCCUGGUGCCACCUCAGGCCGAGGAGGCCAAUACAACCAAGGCGGUCCUCUCCAUGCUGAAUGAGACCAUGAACGAGGCCCCUGAAGAAACCAAGAUCGUUAUAAAGAAGGGCCUGGAGUUCAAAGACGGGAUGAAUGUCUUAGGUCUGAUAGGGUUCUUCAUCGCUUUCGGUAUUGCCAUGGGGAAGAUGGGCGAGCAGGCCAAGCUGAUGGUGGAGUUCUUCAACAUCCUGAAUGAGAUCGUAAUGAAGCUAGUGAUCAUGAUCAUGUGGUACUCCCCGCUGGGUAUCGCCUGCCUGAUCUGUGGGAAGAUCAUUGCCAUCAAGGACUUAGAAGUGGUUGCUAGGCAACUGGGGAUGUACAUGAUCACGGUGAUCGUGGGCCUCAUCAUCCACGGGGGCAUCUUUCUCCCCUUGAUUUACUUUGUAGUGACCAGAAAAAACCCGUUCUCCUUUUUUGCUGGUAUUUUCCAAGCCUGGAUCACUGCCCUAGGAACAGCUUCCAGUGCUGGAACUUUGCCUGUCACCUUCCGUUGCUUGGAAGACAAUCUAGGAAUUGAUAAGCGUGUGACCAGGUUCGUCCUUCCGGUUGGAGCAACCAUUAACAUGGACGGUACAGCCCUUUACGAAGCCGUGGCCGCCAUCUUCAUAGCCCAAAUGAAUGGUGUCAUCCUGGAUGGAGGGCAGAUUGUGACUGUAAGCCUUACAGCCACUCUGGCAAGCAUUGGUGCAGCCAGUAUUCCCAGUGCCGGGCUGGUUACCAUGCUCCUCAUCCUAACAGCGGUGGGCCUGCCGACGGAGGAUAUUAGUCUGCUGGUGGCGGUGGACUGGCUCCUGGACAGGAUGAGAACGUCAGUCAAUGUUGUGGGGGAUUCUUUUGGGGCCGGGAUUGUCUAUCACCUCUCCAAGACUGAGCUGGAUACCAUUGACUCCCAACAUCGAAUGCAUGAAGACAUUGAAAUGACCAAGACGCAGUCCAUUUACGACGACACGAAGAACCAUAGGGAAAGCAACUCUAACCAGUGUGUCUAUGCCGCACACAACUCUGUCAUUAUAGAUGAGUGCAAGGUAACUCUGGCGGCCAAUGGAAAGUCAGCGGACUGCAGUGUUGAGGAAGAACCUUGGAAACGUGAAAAAUAAUGACCUGACUCUCAGCCAAUUCUUGAAUAAACUCCCCAGCGUAUCUCAUGGUAAAAAGAUGCUCUAAACAGGCUUCCUUUAUGAAAGGAAAAAUGCAUAUAUUUCUAUGUUUACUUAAUCUGUUAGCCGAGGCUUAGAGGAGCUGUUGUAUACCCGUGAUGACAGGCACCGUGCUGUGUCUUUGCCAAAUAAUGCUUCCUAACUGUCUAAUUCUCUUACUUGUGUUAUUGUCUGAAUGGAUGCUGCUGGAGAAGCCACUUUGAACAGAAGACACGUUCUUGCCAGCUUCCCUUUGUCCCAGUGCAGAGCUGUGGAUGCUGUUUUCCCAGGGGGACAGGACGAAAGCAGUGUGGUACACUCCAGGGACUUGAGACACCGAGCACGCUCAGUGUGGUAUUUUUUAAAGUGUUCAUGGCUCACCUUGUUCUGCACAAAAGAUUCUGCUAGAAGCUUCUAGAAGUUCCUCCCCUCCGACCUGUAGAGUUGGCACCUGCAUUGAUUGAGAGCAUCUGUCUGUCGUAGGGAACGCUGAUGACUUAACGUUUUUGUGUUCUGUCUAAGUCAAAGACUUCUGAGUUUCAGUGGGUGCCCACACUUUCAGAAGAUAGGUGACCAUGGAGCCUAGAGAUGCUCUGCCUUCCCUAUUUGUGUGUGUGUGUGUGUGUGUGUGUGUGUGUGUGUGUGUGUGUGUGCGCGUGAAAAAUGGGGAAUUUAAAAUUUGAAACUGAACCAGGAAUUAUUUGCAUAUAACCACUGUUUACCUUGAGAAAAGUAAAGGAAUGUAGUCAACCUAAAUUUUAAUGAGACUUAAAUAUUCAAACUCACUUGUUUGACUUGCAUUCAGAAAGCAAAGUGAAGUUAAGUGUGAUUGUCUGAUCUGUUUCUAUUUGUUUAACUCAUAAGAUUCUCAUUUGAGUUCCUAACAAAAAAUAUUUUCAACAUCCAAAUCACUUCCAUCACAUUCUCAUCCAUCUACACGGCUGAGCAUUUUAGCUUCCUCGCACAAAGGCACACAUGUUGGCUAUGCCUCUUUUCAUAUCAUUUUGAUAUAUAGUAUGUAGGAAGUGUUCCAUUAUAUAGAAGGCCUGAAAACCAUCACAGGAUACAUCUCCAUGAGAAAGGAGCAGAAAACAAACCUCUCUGUAAAAUCCUGUAAAGGUGAUAGACCUAGGACAGAGUGCAGGAGUCUCAAACCAUCAGUAGGGACAAAGACUGGCUCCACACAGCUUCCCAGACAGAACCUUUCCCAAGGGCUGUGAAAGUCUGAAGGAAGAAAUAAUAUAAUCGUCACAGCAUGGUGGUUUGCCUGUGGUACACAGCCAACGAGCCCUUAACGAUCGGUUGUACAAGCUAACAUUGUGGAUGUCUCCACUAUUAUUCUUCUGUUGAAUAACCCACAGUAUUUUCCUAAGAUCUCUGGGUUUAAGGGUUAGCUGGGAACUUGAAUCACUGAGAAACAAAACAUAUUUGACUCUAAGGAGCAGAUGGAACCUGGCCCAUGGGGCAGAGUACAUGUGUCCUCUGAGGCAAGUAGAGUUGGGGAGACGUUCAUAAAUAGUAAUAGGAUGCAGCAUCUCUGAAAAAGGUUACUGAGACAUUGCCUCUCCUUUUAGCCUCUCUUGUAACUUCUCUCCUUCAAAUCAGACUGCUUGUGAACAUACAAAAGACAAGAGAUUCCUGUUUUUUUUUUUUUUUUUUGUUUUGGCUUUACUUUGUUUUGGUUUUAAUCUCAUAAACCUUGUUUUUAAAUAAGGAUCACUAUGGAGCAGUAUUAAGUGAAUUGUUUUGAUUUGGUUUUUGGCUUUUGAAACAAGGUCUUGCUAUGAAGCCCAGGCUAGCUUCAAACUCAUAACCUUCCUUCUCAGCCUCUGUCCUAAAGACUAUGUGGGCGCCACCAUAUCAACUGGCAGGUGGUGUUUGAAUGCUGAUUGUUUCACCUUCAUUUGAGGGACAGUUAAUAGGGUAGCAAGGACAGACAAUGAAUCCCUUAUAGAUGAUAAGAGGGACCAAGAUGAUAGUCUUCGGUUUCGUUGUGGUAUUCUAGACAGUCUGUAAGUGGUACCUCACCAACCCUGGUGGGGGUUCUUUCCUACCCUGAGUAGAUGUGUCUAGGGAAAGCAUCCAGGAGCACACUUGGUUUGCUAUGUGUGUCGGGGGAGGCCAUUCCGUACAAUGGUUCUCCUCGUACGGAAGACCACCUCGAUACUUGUACAUGACCUUUUCUCACAAGCACUCACAGGAUGACAAUGUGUGUUGUCGCCUCAUAUUCUGUCUGAAAAUCUUUCUAGUUUGUUUUGCCUUCAACUUGUCCCUGGCUGUCCCGUUAACCUGUGUAAGAGGCCAGUGUUCUCAGGGGAGCCAAGGCACACUGCUUCGCUAGUCAGCUUUUGCUGGUUUCUGACUACAUGCAUUGACUCAUGAGUGUAUGCUAAGGAAAUCACAUUUAUCUGGAAAUUGAAUAAAUUAUAUUGAAAAUAUACAAUCCAUCAAAUUGGAGACUGCCCUGAAAACUUAGGAUGUGGGUGGAACUGACAUAUGACUAUGUCUUGUUUUUGUAAGGCCUCAUUCAUCCUUCCCAUGACAUACCCACUGGGGAUUCCGUUGCCUAGAAAAGGUGCCAUAAGCAGAACAGACAGAUCCCAAGUUCAUUUUAAUAGCCUUAGUCUAAAUAGGGUACCUGUCACUGUGCGUGUACUAUCCAGCCAUUGUAGAUCUGAAUGCCUAAUCUUUUAUGUGUAGUUCUCUCUCUCUCUCUCUCUCUCUCUCUCUCUCUCUCUCUCUCUCUCUCUCUCUCUCUCUCUCUCUCUCUCUCACACACACACACACACACACACACACACACACACACACACACACACACUGUAUGUGACACAGUGUCACAUACACUAACUCCAGGGAGGUUUGAAUGUUGGGGCCUUGCUAUCCCUAGUCCUUAAACGGAUGCAGUUGAUACUUUUGAAGAAUCAAAAUCAGAAGCAAACCAACCAAGCAGACAUUCAUUCUUUCCUUUCUCAUCCUUCCCCUUUGAGAAGCAAGAGGAAUCAUUAUCCAGCUAUUGAUAAAAAUUCAGCAAAGCCAAUCCAGUCGGUGAAUAGGAUGGUUGUUUUGAAGGUGGAGCUUAACUGUAGGUUUCUGAGGGUGGCCUCUCCAUAGGCAGCAUGCUAGAGAAUAUGGAAAGCCAUCAUGAGCUAGGCACACAAAACCUCAGUGAAGUCCUGAGGUGAUUUUAGGACCACAGGGGCACUACCAGAUUCUGUUUUUUACUUCCUGUUGGGUAUAGAAAAAAGCCUAUGUGGCCUCAUUGCCUAUAGAAAUGUUCAUGCUCCAUCAAAGACAAAUGGCCAUUUCUCCUGUCUCUAGUAGCUUGGACAUUCACAGAGUGAAGGGGUAUCAAAAUGUCCCUGGGUGAAAACGAAGCAAGCAGAGAAGCGGGUAGGAAGAAUUCAGUUUGUGGAGCAAUUCCUGCUGGGGGAUGAUGGGGAUCUCAAUGUUCAGCUGAUUGGAUCUCGGGUAAUUUCCAGCCAUGGCUGGAAAAUCAUGCCACAUGCAGGUGCGUUUAGUUGGAGGCCCUUUUAGCCCUGAUUGAUUGGGAAACUUAUCUGUGGGGUCCCCAGAAGAAAACUCAACCCUGCCUUGCUUUUACAAAUAAUCUCCCCUUUGUCCUCCAAAGCAAAAGUUUACUGUAACUUUUCACUUUUGUCAGGACCCAGGCUCUUGCCUAAGCACUAUUUCCCUCAUGCAACAGAGCAAUAAAUUCAAAUAGGUGUUCCCAUGCCUCUGACUCGGAGAGACAAGUCUGAGCAGCUCUGGCCUUUGAUGACUACAACUGCAGCAGUUACACCCCAGGGCGGCUCUCCCAGCUCCUGCUCUCUGUCCUCUGCCUUGCACUUUCACUCUGCCUGAUUUCCAGCUGAAGUCAUUGUAGACCAGAAAGGAGGACCGGAUGGGAUUUUUGGGUACGGGGAUACUUACAGGACUCCAGGGCCAAGGGUCACAGGAAGAUGAAGUUAAAUUGUCUGAAGUGAGGGUUUCCUAAAUCAAGUUGUCACUGAAGAUUCGUGGUCUUGGCACCUAUCAUAAUUUCUGGCUAAACCCCAAAGAAGGGUCACUGCAUGCCAACCAAGCCAGGAGGCAAAGGUGACAGCUAUUUUUCCAUGGGUGGAGUGAGAUAAAACCUGCUCAAAAACACUGGCCGGUUUAGGAUUUUCCCUAAAACUCUCUUUCCAGUUCAUUGCUCCCUUCUUUCCCUUUCCUUCCGUCUCAUUGCUCAACAGACAGAUAGUAAAUGGCCAUAUGGUUAUGUGGGGGUUGGUUCGGGAGGAGAUAGCAGAUCUUAAUUGAGUAAUAUCCAGUCUCACUGCCUAAACCAUAAUUAGGCAACGACACAGGGAUGCUUAAAAACAACGUGCUUUGGGAGAGGAAGCAUUUGGCUUAGACACUGCUCACUUGUAGCUGAAUGGCUUACACAAGCCACUGUCUGCCCAUUCUUCUUUGGCUUCUGUAUGAGAAGAGAAGGGACUGGACCAAAUGACUGAAGUCCCCUUCUAUAUCUGCACAUGCCAUUUUCUAAUCUCUGCUUCACUUCCUUCCAUCUUCAAAGGCUUCCUUCUCUAAAACCUGGCUUUUUAUAUUUUAAGUUGUAAAGACACACAAUAAUGAAUGAUCAGUUUAGAUGUUUUUUUCCUCAUCCCCUUUGGGAAAACUCUAACUCAGGCCUCUGUUCAUUCCACGCUUUACAACAAGCUUGGAGAGUGGCCAUUUGAGCCCAUAGUUUACUGCUGUCUUGAGAUACCAAUAAACAUCCCUUUGUAAAGAUUCCUUUAACCUACACUCACUGUCCUCACAGGAGCAGUGAUUCUGCCCUGGGAAAUGUUCUGCAGAGUCACCGUAAGGGACCAGGCACCUCACAGCUGCACUUGAGGCCUUGCAUCAUACCUGCUAUGGCAACAGAGCCCACUCCAAAUACUCAGCCCACAUCAUUUUCCCCAAACAGUCCUAAUUGCCAAUCCUGGAUGGGAAUUUGGGAGGCUCUGGCAAACAAGCUUGAACACUCCUGACAUUUGGUGCAAGAUUUACACAACCACAACCACAGCAACCGUCUCCACAUACCUUUCCUCCGCAUGUGUGCAGACAUGUAUAUCCAUUCCUGAGCCAGGGAGAUGAGCCUUUCCUCUGGGGAGAUGUGCAGGCAGAUUUGAUUCAUUUCAUUCGAAACCUUUCCUCUUGGUUUGCUUACAUAACAGACAUAACAUUGUAGGGAGAGAUGCUGCCACUUAUAAGACAGGAGUUUUCCCAUUUGCUGGUGCCCUUUUUGUGCUCACAGAGUCUCCAAGUAGUUAGAAAGUUGCGAGGUGGCUUAUCCUCUCUGCUUCUGUUGUAGUAGGCCAUAGUUGGCAUGUUUGCCCUCUGACCAAAUGUCUGCUAGAGUGGAGUUGACAUAUCAUAGUGUGGUGAACAUCUUCAUUGCCAGAAAAGAUUUCAGCUCUUCAAGUUUAGGAGAGAAAGGUGGAAAACUAGGUCUAAUAGGGUUAAUUUUUGUUGGUGGUGGUGAUGGUGCCCCCCACCCCGCCGCCCCGCCCCGCGAGGUGGCAGAAGGUCUAGAGCAAGAGCAGAAAGACAGUGUUUCUUCAUUGACCCACUUAAGGUCACUCUUGAAAAGUGAGAGGUGAGGUUCCUGGGGAUAAACUUCACACUUAUCUACCCAGAAUCAUUUCCCAUCAGCAUUUUUUUCUACACCAGUCUCCCAGUCUUGUUUUAUCUUUCAGCCUGUGAUCCAGUUACCCAUUCUGGUAUUUUUGGAAGUCUUUCUGGUUGUAUUUUGAGGAGCUUUUGUGCUGAGAAUAAAAUCUACUGUUGGAACAGAGUUGUGCUCUGCAGAGUCAGCACACGACCUAGACAAUGGGUGGCAGCGUAUCUGGGUUCCUCUGGUGACACCCCCAAUCCCCGGAUGAGCUUUGGAACCAACAACCGACUGUUGUUAUCCUUGUCAUCAUCCUCUGGGACACAGGGAUGAUGCAGUCAGAGCCUUGCUUCUUCUGGUCUCCGUUUCUCCUCAUGGCAACCAUUUACCCUGCCGGGAAAUGGCCUGCUGCCUUUGGUAGGGGAGAGAUACACUCAGGAGCCAAGGAGGUUGAUCAAACAUAUCCUGAAGGUUUCUGGAGCCAAUUCCCUAGUAAACACAGUACAAAACUCGGCUCCCUGGUGGCUUACUGCUCCAUAUUUCACUUCCUGUCUAAAAGCCUUUGGCACCCAGAUUCUUCUACAGUUCCCCUCAACCCUUUCCUCUUCCUUCCUUCCUUCCUUCCUUCCUUCCUUCCUUCCUUCCUUCCUUCCUCCCUCCCUCCCUCUCUCCCUCCCUUCUUUCCCUCCCUCCCUCCCUUCCUCUGUGAGAGCUCAGCAUCCCAUCUCCACACCGCACAACACAGACCAGAUCAUCUGGUCACUACAGAGAUUUGUAUAUAUUAAAACAAACCUACUUUUUGGAGAAUCUUUGUAUAUUCUUUUCUAUUUGUUUUCUACCACUUGAGGAGAGAGCUGGCAAACUGUGAAUCUAAUUUUAUCUUGAUGCCAGCAGAUAUAUUUUAGAUCCUGGGAAGAAUCUGUGUUACUAGGGACAACAUAUCGCCCUCUGAUCAGUAUUGCACCCCAAAUCUACAAAGUUACUUUGGCCCAAUCUUACAUUCUUUCUUACACGAAUCUCCAAAGUCCUUUGCUAUUAUUUAUAAAGAGAAAUAUUUAUAGUCCUGGAUAUUAAUUACAAGUUUAACCUUAAUUUAGCCUUUAAUAAUGUUGUGCAUAUUUGUAUCUAUUCUUCAAAAAUCAUAAAGACUCAGAGUAGGCUGAAAUAAUCUAUUUAGUAUCUGUAAUUUUUCAGACAGAUAUUUUCUUAUGAUAUUUUCUAUACAACCACAUAGAUAGAAGUCUAACUAAUUAGAGCACAAGUUUCUAUAGCAAUUUAGGGGUAUCAACUGUUUCCUGAGCAUACAGCUGCAUUCGAGAACUUUAGGAACUCAGUUCUUAAUGACGCCAUGAGUAACACGACAAACUAAGACCAAGGAAUUGCUUAACCCCCUUAGGUAGUUAGGAUAUGCAUCCGGACAGUUAACCCUCCGAUAUCAAGUGACGGUGCUGACUUCUUUUCUUCCAGCACCAAACCUUGUUUCUCCAACCAACCAUUCUAAUUUUACUUUCUCAUAAGAUGAAUAAAGGCCGGUGCUAACGGUGGGAUCAUUUCUAUACCAGAAUCUCCCAUGCAUUCCUAAAUGUUUAUGUGAAGAUUGGCCUAGGAAAACGUUGAGUAGGAAAGACUGGAGAUGAGUGGUAAGACAAGAAUUUGGGACAGGUUUGGUGCCGUUUUGAGUCUUGCCAAGAAAAUGAGAGCAAAACCUCACAUUGUUAUAUGAAUUGAACAUAUAUUUUUAAAGGAAAUUAAAGACAACAUAUUUUUAGUACCCGCUCAGAAUCUGUGCUGUGUCACUGGGGGGCUGGAGGUGGGAGUUAGAGUCACACUGAGAUUAUUUAGAAUAAACCCAAAUAGAUUAUCCUCAGGUAGACAUCAAACUAUGUAACCUUCCCAUAAGGUACACCAGUAGCCACGGAAAACACAAGGUGUCUUUCCUCCGCCAAACGCACUCUCUGAGAUGGCGGCAGGACUAGUAUUUUACCGCGUGUGAAAGGGUCGUCCAUUCCAUCGAACACAUACUAGGAUGUAUUUGAACCUGCUCCUCAUUCAGCGAACAGAUUAGACAUGCCCUCAACUGGCUAAGAUUGUAUCUGUUUUCAAGUACAGCUAGCGAUCAGAGCAUGACAUUCUUGUGUGUACACACUGACACUUGGUUCAUGCAUGAAGACAGUGCCUAUGCACUUUGUGUAGCGAUAACGUAGGUAUUUGUGCGUAAUUUCAGUGAAAUGGUGUAUAGAUGUAAUUUAAUUUAAAUAUUGUUCUUGGCUGUUUAUCUAAAUGCAAUAGAUACGUUGGUUGCCAUUUGGAACCCCCCCCUUUUUUUUUUCUGUCUUAGGUAUCUCCUAGGGGUUAUUUCUCUUUCUUAAUGUGAUCUGAGUGAAGAACUUACUGAUGAUUGUUUGCAAAUUUUUGUAUUCUGCACCUUUGUAAAUACAGCCCCAAGCAGGGAUGGGGUUGAAUGUGUAUCUUGCCACACAGUGAAAGGUCAUCCAUCCUAUACCCGCAUCCCUUCCACUCAGUGCACCUGUGGAACUUGAGGUUGUCAAGGCUGAGGGAGGUUUAGAAUGAGGACAUUCAUCUCCGGUCCUCCCUCACCAGUGGCCUGGUCUUAAAGAGACAAAAGAAGGGGGCCUCCAUCUGCCCCUUGGCAUGUUUGAGUCAUGUCUUUGGGAUAGGGUCAACCUCUCUGGUUGUCAGAUCUUCAUCAGGACAUGAUGCUCAUGACCUAAGAUUCUGAAGAGCCUCGUUCCCCUUGACUUCUUGAGUCAGAAUACAGGAAUGCACUCACUGAUUGGCUGCCAGGCAGGUGAUUACCCCUCCCCGCAAAAGCACAGUUCUGGCAGCAUUGCACAUUUGUCAGAAAACAACAGAAUACUAGAAGCACAGCAAGGUCAGGGGCCAGCCUUGACAAGAGCAGAGGACCAACCACUGAUGCACUGAUCCCAAGUAUGUGACAGGAGUCUGAUCUCCUCUACCCAGUAUGCUCUGUUUGUGUGUGCGAAGUGGGUGAAAACGAGAUUAACAAGGACAAUUCGAUGCUGAUGCCCAAACCACACUCCUCCUCAUUCUCACUAAGUACCAUGCUGUGAGGUCUGUAGUCCCUGUGACCCCUUUCCUCUCCACAAAGAUAGAAGGAAGAGCAACUGCUGGAGAGUGCCCCUCCCCUUCUCAAAGAUCAUGAAGAUGUGAAGCACAUUCAUUUCCAGGGGCUUCUCCAGAUGUGUGGAGUGAGGGGAUGUGGUGACUGGGUCCUUCAACUUCUGCAUGAAAAAUGUACUAAAAGGAAAAUAGACUUGAGGCAGUAUUAUCCUGGAAUGAAAGUUAAGAUUAAUGGUUUCCCUCAAGUUCACAGUCCCCAUUGGUCUGAUGUCAUGUAGCAUAGUGUAUCUAUAAUAGCACAUGGUAUUUAAAGACUAAUGUAUGCAAAAAGAUGAGAAACUCAACUAAUUUGGGGAUUGUUUCUUCUAUAUGGUACUAGGAAAUACCUUGUUAGCAAAGCACAUCUUGGGUAGUUGAGGUCUUCCAUGUUUGUCUUCAGCUUUUUUUUGUGAUAUGGAUUGAUGACUGUAACAUUUCAUAUGUAAAAUAACUGGAUAUUCUUCAUUUGCUGGAAAUAACCUGUGAAUCCAAUCUUUCACUAAGUGUUUUAACUUCCUUGUAUAUAUAUCUCUCAUCAAUAAAUGUGAAUUCCAAUUUC